AUGGGCCACCUGGUGACUCUAGCAACAUGCUCGCUGAAUCAAUGGGCUCUCGACUUUGAGGGCAACGCAGAGCGCAUCAUUGAGAGUAUCCGACAGGCUAAAGCGGCUGGUGCUACCCUGCGUGUUGGCCCAGAGCUCGAGAUCACCGGUUAUGGCGUUCUGGAUGGCUUCCUUGAGGGCGACACCUUCUUGCACUCUUGGGAGAUGCUUGCCCGCAUCAUCGAUCACCCCGAUUGCCAGGACAUUGUGGUCGACGUGGGACUACCGGUCCGCCACCGCAAUGUGCGCUACAACUGUCGGGUGAUUUUCUACAACCGGAAGAUCAUCUUGAUUAGACCUAAGAUGUGGCUGGCCAAUGAUGGCAACUACCGCGAGCACCGACACUUUACACCUUGGCAGCGUCCGCAAGAGGUGGAGGACUAUUAUUUGGAGUCAAUUGUUGGAAAGAUCACUGGUCAAUACAAAGUUCCUUUUGGUGAUGCGGUCAUCAGCACCAGAGACACCUGUCUCGGUCUUGAGACAUGUGAAGAACUCUUUACUCCCAAUGGUCCUCACGUGCCAUACGGUUUAGCCGGAGUCGAAAUCAUUUCCAACUCCUCUGGCAGUCACCACGAGCUGAGGAAGCUCGACACCCGUGUGAACCUGAUCACUCAGGCCACGAAGCUGAGCGGUGGUAUCUACCUAUAUGCCAACCAGCAAGGCUGUGAUGGCGAUCGUCUCUACUACGAUGGCUGUGCAAUGAUUGUCGUCAACGGCGACAUUGUUGCCCAAGGCUCUCAAUUCUCCUUGAAUGACGUAGAGGUCGUCACUGCCACUGUCGAUAUCGAGGAAGUUCGAACCUACCGCUGCAGCGCAAGCCGUGGCAUGCAAGCGAGCAAACAAUCACCCUAUGUUCGCCUGGAUGUCGACAUCAGGCUUUCCCGCCGGGAUGAGGAUGCUGAGCCUAGUCUAGCUACAUCCCAGCCAAUCAAGCCCCGCUUCCACGCGCCUGAAGAGGAAAUCGCCCUGGGUCCUGCUUGUUGGUUGUGGGACUACCUUCGGCGAUGUGGUGCGGCCGGUUUCUUCCUCCCCUUGAGCGGAGGCAUCGACAGCUGUGCUACUGCGAUCAUCGUACACUCCAUGUGUCGCGAAGUGCUCAAGGCGGUCCGACAAGGUAACCAGCAAGUCAUUAAAGAUGUUCGGCGUCUGUGUGCGAAGCCAGAGGAUUCCGACUGGCUCCCUACCACUACCCAGGAGAUUUGCAAGUGUAUCUUCCACACCAGCUACAUGGGCACUCAAAACUCCGGUCACGAAACCCGAGACAGAGCAACUCGACUCGCCGGAGACAUUGGGUCAUACCAUAUUGACUUCAACUUCGACACUGUCAUCACCUCCAUCAUGAACCUUUUCACCGUGAUCACCACCUUCCAGCCCCGAUUCAAAAUGCACGGCGGUUCCCCCGCCGAGAAUGCCGCACUCCAAAACGUCCAAGCCCGUCUGCGCAUGGUCCUAUCCUACCUAUUUGCUUCAUUGUUACCGACAGUUCGUCAGCGCCCUGGAGGCGGUGGUCUGUUGGUUCUUGCCUCCUCCAACGUCGAUGAAUGUCUGCGAGGAUACCUCACCAAGUACGAUGCCAGCUCUGCGGAUCUCAAUCCCAUCGGGUCUAUCAGCAAGGUUGAUCUCAAGAAGUUCAUCUCGUGGUCUGGAGAGAGCUUCCAACUCCCUAUUCUCGAGGAAUUUAUCAACGCCACGCCUACCGCUGAGCUGGAACCUAUUACUCAUGACUAUGUCCAGUCAGACGAAGCCGAUAUGGGCGUCACAUAUGCACAAUUGGGUGUCUUCGGAUAUUUGAGGAAGGUGUCAAAGCUGGGCCCAUACUCUAUGUAUGAGAAGCUGCUUCACCUGUGGGGCAACGAGUACAGCCCGCGUGAAAUUUACGAGAAGACGAGACACUUCUUCUACUACUAUUCCAUCAACCGGCACAAGAUGACUGUUAUCACGCCCAGUUACCAUGCUGAACAGUACUCUCCCGAAGACAACAGACACGAUCUGAGACAAUUUUUGUAUCCCCCUUUCACCUGGGCUUAUAAGAAGAUGGAGGAUAAUGUCAAGUACUGGGAGUCCAAGGGAUGGACUACUGCCAAGGGCCAGAAGAAGAGUGUCAAGGCUGAUUAG